ACGGCUUCCUCCCUCCCUCCCUCAGGGUCUGCUGGGCUCCGCCCAAUUCCAAUAUCAUCAUCAGCAGCAGCGGCGGCAGCGGCCAGGAUGGAUCAGCAGCAGCAGCAGCAGCAGAGCAAAAAAAGAGCUCGGUUUUUUUAUAUACCAACCGGGGCUCCCUCCCCGCGCUAGCUAGCUGCUGCCCUGCCCCGCCCGCGCCCUCUCCCCUUCUCGCGUCUCGUCGCCCUGCGCUGCGCUCCCUUUCGGAAUCGGAAGGCGAUUGCACAAGGCGGCUGCGCUGCGGGCGCCGCGCGCUGUGCCUAGCUGCCCCGACCGGACAAGGAAGGGGGAGGGAAAAAAAUAUAGAGUUAGUCACACACAGCAGCACAGGAGGGGGAGGAGAGAGGGAUUGAGAGAUAAAGAGAUUUCGGGAGACAAGGAGAGAGGGACAGAGAUGGAGAGGAGCAGGCGGUCUCGGAGGCAGGCCUUUCACCCCCGCACCCAGAUAACGAUGUGCUAGUUCCAUCCUUCCUCUUAGGUUAAGGUAGCUGCGGGAGGAGUUCGCGGACGGGAUCCCGCCGACGAUGAUGACAGUGGCGCCGCCGGCAUGGGCAUAGCGGCGCCAUCAUCUCAGCCGGGCCAGACCACCACGUACUACGUGAGCCAACCCACCAAGAGCAGCGCGGCGAUCUCCGGCCGACCGGCCACCGCGAGUUCUUCUAUGUCCCACUCCCAGGGAUUCCACCAGGGCAGCAGCGGCGUCUUCGGCUACUCCUCCGAUGGCUUCGACCGCCCGGACUCCAGCCAGGACCACCACCAGCAGCAGCAGCAGCACGUGGCGCAGCAGAGCCGCCGCGACAAGCUGAGGGUGCAGGGGUUCGACCCGCCCGGCGCCGGCGCCGCCGGGCACGGCCUGCUCCCCAUCGACGGCGACGAGCAUGCCGAGCCUGGGGCCAUGUUCGAGCACGCGGCGGCCGCGGGGGCAUCCAACAUGCUGUCCGAGAUGUUCAACUUCCCCGCGCCGCCGUCGGGCCCCUCCGCCACCGAGCUGCUGGCCAGCCAGAUGAACGCGACCAACUACCGCUUCGGGCUCCGGCAGGGGGUGGCCGGCCUGUCCGGCGACGGCGGUUGGUUCGGGGCCGGCGCGGCGGGCCGUGCUGGCCUGGUCCUCGGUGGGGCCAACAUGGGGUCGUUAGGUGAGACGUCCUCCCCGAAGCAGCAAGGCAGCAUGGCUGGCCUCGCCACCGACCCGGCCGCCGCGAUGCAGCUCUUCCUGAUGAACCCACAACAACAGCAGCAGCAGCAGUCGAGAUCGUCGCCGACGUCGCCGCAGCCGUCGGACGUCCAGCACCACGAGGCGUUCCAGGCGUUCGGCGGCGGCGGUGCUGGCGGCGUCGUGGAAGGGCAGGGCCUGUCCCUCUCGCUGUCUUCGUCGCUGCAGCAGCUGGAGAUGGCGAAGCAGGCGGAGGAGCUGAGGGUCCGUGACGGCGUGCUCUACUUCAACCGGCAGCAGCCGCAGGGGCCGGCGGUGCAGCAGCAGCAGCUGCUGCCGAUGGCAUUGCACGGCGGCCAGGUGGGCGCGCUGGGGCAGCAGCUGCACGUGGGGUAUGGCCCCGCCGGCGUCGCGGGCGUGCUGCGCAACUCCAAGUACACCCGCGCGGCGCAGGAGCUCCUGGAGGAGUUCUGCAGCGUGGGGCGCGGGCAGAUCAAGGGCGGCGCGCGGGGCGGGCGCGGGGCCUCGGCGUCCAACCCUAACGCCAGCAAGGCCGGCGGCGCCUCCAGCUCUGGUGCCGCGCAGUCCCCGUCGUCGGCGUCCAAGCAGGAGCCCCCGCAGCUGUCCCCCGCCGACCGGUUCGAGCACCAGCGCAAGAAGGCCAAGCUCAUCUCCAUGCUCGACGAGGUGGACCGGCGGUACAACCACUACUGCGACCAGAUGCAGAUGGUGGUGAACUUCUUCGACUCGGUGAUGGGCUUCGGCGCCGCGACCCCCUACACGGCGCUUGCGCAGAAGGCCAUGUCCCGGCACUUCCGGUGCCUCAAGGACGCGAUCGCCUCGCAGCUGCGGCACACGUGCGAGCUCCUCGGGGAGAAGGACGCCGGCACCAGCUCGGGGCUCACCAAGGGCGAGACCCCGCGGCUGCGCGCCAUCGACCAGAGCCUCCGGCAGCAGCGCGCCUUCCACCACAUGGGCAUGAUGGAGCAGGAGGCCUGGCGCCCCCAGCGCGGCCUCCCCGAGCGCUCCGUCAACAUCCUCCGCUCCUGGCUCUUCGAGCACUUCCUCCACCCGUACCCGAGCGACGCCGAUAAGCACCUGUUGGCGAGGCAGACGGGGCUGUCCAGGAACCAGGUCUCCAACUGGUUCAUCAACGCCCGUGUCCGGCUAUGGAAGCCCAUGAUCGAGGAGAUGUACCAGCAGGAGUGCAGGGAGCUCGAGGGCUCCUCGGCCGGCGGCGGGGGGCCCGAGUCCGGCAACGACCCCUCCGGCGCCGACGACACGCACUCCCCGACCACCACCGGCGCGGCGCAGCUCCAGCAGCAGCAGCACGGCACCGCGGCGCCCGGCCUGAUGCCGCACAAGCCCGACCCGGGCGCCGCGGGUCCCUCGGCGGCGGACGCGGCCUUCGUCGGGAUCGACCCGGUGGAGCUCCUCGGCGGCGACGCGCACGUAGGCGGCGGCGCUGACGACCUGUACGGGCGGUUCGAGCCCGGGGUGAGGAUGCGGUACGGGCCCGGCGCGACCGGCGCGGCCGCCGGCGACGUGUCGCUGACGCUGGGCUUGCAGCACGCCGGCGCCGGCAACGCGGGGCCCGACGGCGCCGGCCGGUUCUCCUUGACAGACUACAGCGGUUGUUGAUGCUUACACAUCGCCACAUCACCUUUCAUGGCUCAUGCAUGCGCGGAUCAUGCAUUUGGAAUAGCACCGAGGGGGGAGAGAGAGAGAGAGAGAGCGAGAGAGAGAGAGAGAGAGAGAGAGCGCAGUAACCAGAGGGGGGAGAGAGAGAGAGAGGUAGACCGAGAGAGAGAUGAGCAUCUAUCUAGAGAGAGAAAAUUUGCAUGGUGCCUGGAGCUGGUGAUGCAUGGGAUGGGAUAUAUGAAUAUGAGAUCAUCACAAACCUCCUCCUCCUUCUUCGUCUUCUUCUUCGUCCCAGAUGAUUCUUAAUUUACUUAGCUAGCAGAUUAAUUCCUUUUGUUAGGCAUUAUUGUUGGGGGGGUUAAGGCCGAUAAUUAAUUUGUAUACAGCAAAGGAAGAUAGGAAGUGUAUAAUUGUUUAGCCACACUUUUUUUGUUCUCUGUUUUGCAUUUGCCCGUUUUUGGUUCUGGUGUACCAAUUUUUUCUUGUACUCAUUUUUCUUUCCCUCUCUGUAACUAAACAUAAGAUGAGAAACAUACAUGCAUACGUAAAUACAUAUAUUGGUAAAUAUUGGGAUA